GAAGACUCAGUGCCAUUUCGAUCCAAUAAAAAGCACAAGUAUUCUGAAUUUCAAAGUCCUGAGAAGCAUAGAACAAGAUCUCCGCGUAGUGAUGAGUUCCUUGUGCCUCAUAAUAUCAAUACUCUUGAGUAUUAUCUACGAUGUAAACAGCAUAGACGGUGGCUUGCGGGCGGAACCGGGCGAAUUUCCUUACGUUGUUUCCAUAUGGAUGUACGGGAGUCACCACUGCAGUGGCGUUAUCAUUGAUAAAACUCAUAUUCUCACGGCAGGACACUGUGUCGAUGGAUUUCGAGUGCAAAGUUUAGCUGUACUUCCGGGAGUUGUUGAUUACGAGAAUGAUCGAAAGGAAUGGUUCGCGGUUAAAUCGUAUCGUAAGCAUCCAGAUUUCGAGAGUUUCCAAUUGGAAGGUCGGCAAACUGAUUGGACACGACAUGACAUUGCUGUUUUGACGCUGGCCAGGCCCUUGACCUUCAAUGCUCGCAUUCACGCAGCUGUAUUCAGUCAUGAAAGAAUAGCGGCCGACGAACCCGAUGAAGGUCCUCAUCUCAUUAAUGCUACAGACGCUAUGGCUAUUGAUGAUGCGCUAAAUAUUGCUCGCAGUCGCAUGGAUCUAGAUACUGAUGAUAGCGAUAGUGAAAGUGAUGAUUAUCAAGAUCGUUGUUGUCGAUGUGAAGUAAAUUUUCGAAUAGCAGGAUGGGACUUCAUUGAAGAGUCCAAUGAAAAAUUGCUGUACUUAUUGUGGACAGAUGCGAUAAUUUACCCGUACAAAAUCUGCGUCAAAGAGCGGAAGAUUCUGUUUGAAAACGAGUUAUGUGCUGGAGAUCUGGAAGAAUCAACCAUUGCAGGCGCGGGAGACAGUGGGACACCAAUUAUGCUGAACGGAGAAGUCAUUGGUAUCGUCGUAAGAGGUGCUCAAGAAUCUCACGGUGCAAUUCUGACAACUAUACUCAGAACAUUGCCGUACUUGGGUUUCAUCGAUGAGGCUGUAGUGGAAACCCGCAGCGUCCUUCUGGAUCUACUUGACCGUCCGUGAAUUUGAGAGGAGUCAUAAAUUUUGUUGAAACGAGCCUGUAUUUCCUGCUGCUGCAAUUACCAAGCAUCUAUCGGGGAUUAUAAUAAAGACUAUUGUGAAAAUUUAA